AUGGGAUCAAGUUCAAAAAAAUUUAAGCAAUCAUUCCUUCCACCUGGUGCUUUAGCGAGGGGACGAGGCCAAAGCCUCAAAUCGAUGGGCACUGUAACGGUAACUGCUGAAAAGAGAAACUUGAUUGAUCAAACAGACAUAACGCUAGAGACUAUGAGAAGCAAAUCAGAAAAGGAAAUCGGACAUAACUUUACAUCUGGGAGAUCUGUUAAAGAAAGUAUUUUAAGAGGAAGCGUCGAAAAGAGAACAAUGGUUGGAAACAACAAAGGUUUAAAUUCUGCAACAUAUACUCAAAAUGUCGUUGCGCAGAAGAUUAAUGUCGUCCCUCCUGGUUUUGAUACCUUGGAAGAUGAAACUUCCUUUCCUAAUGAUGAUCUCGAAGUAAUGCAAGAGACUGUAACAAGCAAACCAAGUUUCUAA